AUGAAAAAUCGUUUCUCUAAUCAGGGUCAAAAACGUGCAAUUGCUCCACCACCUCCAAACCGUCCACUGCCACCGAUUCCCACAGCGGAGGAGGAGGCGGCGGCAGCAGCUUUACAACACCGGCGACUUUCAACGACCACCGUUGCAACAGCAGCGAUGGCGACAAAUGCAACUGUUCCUAAUCCCACCAGUAAGACAUCACAGAACCGUCGGGUCGUCCCGCGAAUGGGCACUCGCAGUCAUCCUCGUGGAAGCCAGCCUUCAGCCUCCACUGUCUAUGAUGUCGGCGAACGUGUUACUGUCUCUCGUCUAUCAGCUUCAUCGCCUUCCUCUUCCUCCUCAUCUUCUGGCUGUGAAGAUGCCACAAGUGAAUCUCAUAAAAUGUCAUCAGACGACUACCUUAAAAUCACCUCGCAGCCCUGUCUGAUCAAUUUUGAGUCAGGGUAUCAGGACUCAGAUGACGGCUAUACCUCAUUAAAUGCUUUGGACAGCCUCAAGAACCCGCAUCAUCAUCGUCAUCAGCGACAUAAUCAACAGCCUUUGCGAAGUCCGGACCAAACGAAGAAGGCCUCCGAAGCCCAGGAAUCCAAACGUCCACACUCCAUCGCCUCCUCAAUCACCUCCUCAUCCUCUUUUGACGACGAAAGUACUCUCGUCUGCACAAGUGGUAAGGAUCAGGACCUCCCUUUGGAUGGAAUGUACCGUCUAAAAGUUAGGUCAACCACGUCCACUGCUACUAUCCAGUACCAUGGAAACAAGCGUCUGGUGCGCAAGUAUCGUAUGAAACGCCAAGAGGGUUUGGAAGCACCCCCUAAAACCGUUUCUUUGGAUCGCGAGCAGAAGAAGCGACUUCAACAUCAACGGGAUAGGCUUAGACGAGGAGGAGGCGGUUGCAGUUCUCCCUGUCGUUUGGUUACCAUGCUGGUUGUUUAA